AGGUAAUUAGUGUACUGAAAUGUUUGUGGUAGUGAAUGUGCAAAAUGUAUUUAAAAUACUCAAAAUAUGCUCAACGACUUUUAAUAAAGUUGAAAUAAAUUUUUAAAACUUUUUGGUUUUCUCGGGAAAGAAAAAAUUAUUUUUUUUAUGUAUUGGAAGUAAAUAAUAUAGCAAAUUAUAGGUUUCGUAUAUUCUACACUCAGCGCUGAAAUUUCGCAUCUAAUUUUGACAAUUGAUUGCAAAAAACUACAUAUAGCAUAUAUGGUUCUUAAACUUGGAUAUAGAAACAAACAGACAUCUUUUUUAAAACUCUGCCCAUGACGCGGCCUUGAAUGCUCCAGACAAAUACGCAAGAGACUGGAAGUCAACAGCACCAUGACUAACUACGAAAAUCUACCGUUAUAUGCAAUGAAUGUAAAAGUAUUUGUUAAACUGGGACUCAUCGACUCAAGUGACUGGACGAAGCGAUUCCUGUUUAGCUUAAUAUUAGUAAUAACAUUAGUGGGACUAGUGGUAAAUAUGUUUAAGACAUGGGAUGAGGACAUUGGCGAGACGAGUAUGAAUAUUCACAAGUUGUUGGCACUGACACAUUGUUCAAUUCGUUGUUGCAUCAUGGUGAAGAAGGCCAAAAAAUUCGAGAGAUUAUUUCAAAGCAUCGAGCAGUGGUACAGAGAUAUCGAGCGCAACGGCGAUCCAGAAAUACUCAGCACACUACAGGAAAUCAACAGAAAAACUGACAAACUGAGUAAAAUGACUAUCUAUUUAGCAGCUAUGGCAGCGUUAGCCGGCCUCCUCUAUCCAUUAUCAUAUAAUACACGCACACAUAUGGUAACCGUACAAUAUCCAUUCAUCGAUGCGCUCCAAACACCAUUCUUUGAAUUCUUUUUUCUCAUACAAGUGUUGUGGUUAACGCCCACAGUUUUAGUUAUUUCUCUACCGUUUAUGAAUAUUUUCCUCAUAACUUUUACGUUCGGUGUACUGGCUUUAAAGGAUUUGUGUGGGAAACUUAGAAAUAUACGUAGUGAGAAUGAAGAAACUAUGCUACAAGAGUUCAAGGAGUGCAUUGUGUAUCACCGAAAGGUUAUCAAGUUGUGUGAUGAUCUUGAAGAUUUGAUUUCAAUAGAUGGAUUCUUUAACUUGGCGCUCUUUGGGAUGAUGCUCUGCAUUCUACUCUUCUUCCUCUCAAUGAUAGAUGAUCUCCGACUUAUCCUAGUGGGGCUGGUAUUUGUCAGUCUCAAUACUUAUAUGAUUGGCAUUACCUAUUACUAUGCAAACAAUCUGGCAACUGAGAGCGUAGAGGUUGCCAACGCCGCCUACGACACGCCUUGGUAUAUGGGAAAUUUGGAAAUGCGUAAAUGUGUCACUAUUAUGAUCGCAAGAUGUCAAAAGCCUAUACAAAUCACGGCCGGUGGACUAUAUCCGAUGAAUAUGGAGAAUUUCCAAGCCAUUUUACGUAUUUCAUAUUCAUAUUUUUCUCUACUGCAAGGUCUCAGUCAACAAUAACUCAGAGAAACGGUACCUUAGUGCACUCUAGACCAAUAGUUAAACACUUUUCAAAUAAACUUAAUUUAUAAUAUACCUAUAAAGAGUUUUUUUUAAACAUGUAUAAUAAUGUCAAUAGUAUUAGUCAAAGCAUUGGCCAUCCGAAGCUUAUCAUUUUCCCAUCUCUCUGACAAUUUGUGUGUGUUAUCUCAAAAUAACUGCGCUGGCUUGGCGGCUAGGAACACAUCAAGACAAAUUUUGAUACUCUAUAACUUUUAUUGUAGCGUUCAUGCAAUAUUUCUGCCAUGCAAAAUCGUCUUUCAGCAUUUCUUGGAUUCCAUUCAUAUGAUAUCAAACUUCCUUACAUUUGAAUGUUUCUGGCUACUUUUAAAAAUUUUGAAUUGGUUGCUUGCGUGCUACCAACGACUCUUCAAGCUUUUCUUGUGUUUGGCAACAAUCUUCAUCUAGUAAUACAUACAGUCUCUCAUCUUUAAGCUUGUCUUGUCAUCUUUUGGCCAUAUCUGCUUCGCUAUCUUAUAUUUGGUACUAGAUUUCAAUAUGUUUUGAGCUUCAUAUUUAUUCAAAUUGGUCGUUCU